CAACUGGAUCACCAGGUCUCCUCAGGUACUCAGCCCUUGGGGCUGAGGUUCUCCUGCAGGCAGAGAGCAGGGUGGGGUCAGCAUGGGGCAAUGUUUGAGGCACCAGAUGCAUUGUGAGGACCUUGAAGAAUACCAGGCUCUGACCUUCCUAACCAGAAAUGAAAUCCUGUGCAUCCACGACACCUUCCUGAAGCUCUGUCCCCCUGGGAAGUACUACAAGGAGGCAACACUGACCACAGACCAGGUCAGCUCCCUGCCAGCCCUGAGGGUCAACCCUUUUCGAGACCGAAUCUGCAAAGUGUUCUCCCACAACAAUGUGUUCUCCUUUGAGGAUGUGCUGAGCAUGGCAUCUGUGUUCAGUGAGCAGGCCUGCCCCAGCCUGAAGAUCGAUGACGCCUCUCUGUCCAAGAAGUCUUCUUCAUUCACACCCCCAACCCCAGUCGGACAUGAAUUUGCUCAUCUGGAACACCUUGGGAUGCCUGUUCCUCUCUCCCUGGAGCCAAGCUACUCAGAUUUUAACGAGAAUGGCUUCAUCGACGAGGAGGACCUGCAGAGGAUUGUCCUCCGACUGCUCAACAGUGAUGACGUGUCGGAGGACCUGCUGACCGACCUCACAAACCAUGUCCUGAAUGAGUCGGAUCUGGACAAUGACAACAUGCUGUCUUUCUCGGAGUUUGAACAUGCGAUGGCCAAGUCUCCAGACUUCAUGAAGUAAGCUCCUUUCGGAUUCACUUUUGGGGAUUUUGAUGUGGCCACAAAUACCUGAUCUGCAGCCUCAAGGAGGGGACCGCUGGAACUUGGAAUCAACCCUCUCCAGGUGCUGGGGGACUCCGAUCAGAAGUAUGACUUUGUCCCUGUCCUUCCCUCACUUUGAGACUAUUAUUUAUUCAAUAAAGCAAAACAAAAGCCUU